AUGACACAUCCCGUAAUAUCUUUGAAACCAAGCUAUAACUCCCUCGUAAGGGGUUGUCCUGGACUUCCGGAUACAUUGCCGCGAUUGGAAUGCGAGUUAAGAAUUAGAUCUAGCAACGGUAAGAGAUUUAUCAUUGGAAACAUUGAAGUGAUUUUAAGAACCACAGAAGUUUUAAAUAGUCCAGGCCACUCGUUCACAUCAAAAUCCAAGUUAGAAAGAAGUGUCAUUCAUUACAAAAAGAAUAUCAGAAUCUCUGAUAAGAAGAUUGUAGGAAUAGAUAUUCCACUAACGAUUGCACUCCCAGAUGACAUUAAAGAAACAAACUUUAACAGCAAGUUUGGCCAUUGUUUUACAACUCUAGAGUGCGUAUUAACGUACAGCAUCCAGGCUAAUGAUACCCCAACUCUAACCCAUCCUUUUUCUACCGUCGUAAAUGUGGAAAGAUAUGAUUUACUAGCGUCACCAAAACUCUUUAAGCCUCUGAAAAGAAAAUUUACAUCUCCAGAUGGAAAAUUCUUAGUCCAGUAUAAGAUAGAAAAUCCCUGUGUUACAACAGACGACGUCCUUCACUUAGGUCUAGAAGUUGUACCGAAAUUGAAUUCUAACUCUUUUGCGCAUACUCAGAAAAUAUUUGGCAAGAAGUUGAAACUGAAAUGUGUCGUUUUUGAAGUAAAAGAAUAUCUAGAAGUUUACGACUCACACUUGGACGCAAAGGAAAGUACUCUCCAAGAAGUCACCAAACAGUUCAACGAGGCUAUUGGGGAUUCUGGAAUCGUUUUGCAAUCAGACAUACGCAUUUGCACCAAAAAUCAACGAUUUAAGCAGUAUGAACUAUCAAUGAAAGAACCUGCGGUGAUGUACAGGCUACCAACGCACCAACCAGAUCUUACAGGAAAUUUACCUGAAACUAUUCUUUUGAAAAGUAAGAACAACAUAGAACCAUUCAAUUACCAUAGUUCCAUAACGACAAGGGGUAAGCUCUUCUCUAUUACACAUGGUAUAACUAUGAGGUUCAAAAUUAGCAGUGCAAAAGAUUUUGAAAUCAACCAACCCAUUGAUAUAUCACCUUGGGUAAAACCUCAGAUAAAAUAUAUCGAAAAUAUUAUUUACCGAGAGAAAGAAAUUGCUAAGAAUGCACGAGCAUUUUAUGAAUCCUUCGGUGGAAUAAAGCGUAACAAGAAAACUGGCCAAUUAGAAUAUCCUCCACUACCUCCCGUUGUUUACACUUCAGAUGAAGAAACGUUGAACCACUUAGGAAUAGAAUAUAAUAAAAAAUUCAAUCCUCCUAGAAGAGUGCCAGUAAUAGAAUGA